UAUGGUCGCCAUACUAACAUUAGUCAUUACUGUUAGUGUUGUUGCUAAGGAUACGCCUGGUGGGAAACGUUAACGUUCGCGGACAUGGGGCAAAACUAAGAGGACCUCUGUUAAUGUUAUUCAGCAACAUUGAGAUACUUUUCUGAUCAAGACAAAAGAAGUGGCGGUUAGCCUAAAUAGUAUGGUCAGUGUAAUUUAAAGUAUCGUAAAAGUAUAAUGCAACGGUUUGUUUGAAAGUCCACGUGCUUAUUCUUCUUUCUGGAGGUCACUUCCAAACUCACACACGCUGCACGCUCUAACCGCCCUGGGGCGCAUCACUGAGGGGCAAACGGACCGGGCUCCUGGCUGACGGCGGCACGGCGCUGAUAAACGGGCCUUAACGAGGAGCGGGGGUCUAAACAAGGCCCUUAACGUGGAGCGGGGGCCCCAGCACACUCCAGUCUGAGUGGGCGCUGAGAGACCAGCACAUCCGAGCAGAGACUGGACCUCCAUUUUCUGUGUGUGUGUGUGUGUGUGUGUGUGUGUGUGUGUGUGUCUCCGAGACAAACUGGAGUAGAGGUGCUCACUGCAGCGUGAGCCAGAGAGGGCUGGAGAACGAGAAGAAUGACAUUGACAUCUUAAAAUACACACACACACACACACACACAUACAUACACACACACACACACACACACACACACACACAGACAGACAGACACACAGUUUGGAUCAGUCCUGGCUGAAAGGAUCUCUGCAGGCAUGUCAGACAGUGUUCAUUAAGCACACACCGGCUGGCUGCCCUGAGCCACAGGCACACACGUGUGUGUGUGUGGACAUCCUCACACGGAAGCGAGGUGACUCACAUGGCCAGGGCUGGUGAAGGGGGCGGCUGAGGACGGAGAGGCCAGUUUUACUCACACGGGGGGCUGAGCUGACCGGAGCUGACCAGCAAACCUUAUCUGCACUGUCAGGCAAGAGUCACCAAUAGUAUUGCCCCACGGCGUCAGGGAGACACACAGGGAGAGGAAGAGAGAGAGAGAGAAAGAGAGAGAAGGAGAGGUUGAGGGAGUGUGGGAGAGAUCCACGUGCACACACACAUGAAGCGGAGAGACAAGGCUCCUCAUCUAACAGGGCUUCAGUGCUGAGGUUUGACUGAGCUGCCAACGCCCACUCAGAAGGCAGGGAAGAAGAGAAGAGAAGAGGAGAGAAGAAGAGAGGAGAGGCAUUCAGCUGCCUGCCAUUCUGCCACUGGCUUUACAAACAGCUCCAACGCAGUCAUAGGAGCAGAGAGGAGAGGAGACCAGGACCUGGACCAGGAGUCCGUUAGACCAGUGGCUCAGCACUUGCUGAGAGGGUCUCAAGAGGAGCAGAGAGGAGGGGAGGGCAGUGGAAACCCAAGCAGGAGCUGCCUGAUACGUGCGGGGGUACAGGGGUGACCCUGUUUUGGACUCGGCUGCAACAGCUCUGAACUCUGGCUGCAGUGUGCCAUCGCUGCCUGGAUCUUGGCUUCAGUGGUGCCAGUGCUGACUGGCACCAGCCUCGUGUGAGCCCAUUUGUCUUUGGUACCAGAACCGGGUCUGCUAAAAGCUGUGCUCUCUGGUUGGGCAAGGGAACAGGAAGGACUUGGUUCUGCGCGUGUUUACUGGUUUAUCAGCACAGAGAGGGACACUAAUAAUGGGGAAGUCCAACAGCAAGCUGAAACCAGAGGUGGUGGAGGAGCUCACCAGGAAGACCUACUUUACAGAGAAGGAGGUCCAACAGUGGUAUCGAGGCUUCAUCAAAGACUGCCCAAGUGGUCAGCUGGAUGCUGCUGGCUUCCAGAAGAUCUACAAGCAGUUCUUCCCCUUCGGAGACCCCACCAAGUUCGCCUCCUUCGUCUUCAACGUGUUCGAUGAGAACAAGGAUGGGCGUAUUGAGUUCUCAGAGUUUAUUCAGGCCCUGUCAGUCACGUCCCGGGGAACCCUGGAUGAGAAGCUGAGAUGGGCUUUUAAACUGUAUGACCUGGACAAUGACGGCUACAUCACUCGUGACGAGAUGCUGAACAUCGUGGAUGCCAUCUACCAAAUGGUGGGAAACACAGUGGAGCUGCCAGAGGAGGAAAACACACCAGAGAAACGCGUGGACCGCAUCUUCGCCAUGAUGGACAAGAACGCAGAUGGGAAGCUGACGCUGCAGGAGUUCCAGGAGGGCUCAAAGGCAGAUCCCUCCAUUGUGCAGGCGCUCUCUCUUUACGACGGACUGGUGUAGAUGCCACAGCACUGCCCCAAGAGGGGUGAGAGGUGAGCCCCAGUGGCAUCUCUCACACGGUGGAAAGGAGAGUGUUACAGAGCCACGUGUCUGAGAGGACUCCUGGGAAGUGCAGGGGAUUGUGGGAAACGACCCGACUGGCCUCUUCUCCAUCGUCACUGCUGCAAACUUUGGCCCUAAUUUACUUUCACCAGGUGGAGGAUGCAUCCAGACCAGACUCCAUGUUUAUUCUGGAUAUUGUUAAGAGGACUCUGCGUGUGUGUUUGUGUGUGUG